UUUACGCAAAUUUUGAGCAAAGGCUGCAUUUAAGCAGCAGGAAAUUCGCAUGAAAAGAAUUUAUACGUAGUUGACACUUACUAUUGAUCAUUUUGUUGACCCAUAUUCCGUAAUUAAUUUAAUUGCAUCAUUUUGUAACUACUUCCUGGACCAACUGUGUGACAAUCUCAUUUAUUACUUCCUGUGAAACAAUAUAAAAAGCUGUGAUCUCGACUGUAUUGGCAUACAAAUAUUAUCUUAUAAACUAAUUGAUACAACAGCAGAUCGCAAUGGUGAAACUGCUACUGUUUUUCGCUCUUUUGCACAUAGCAUCAAGCGAAUAUAUUCGAGUGUGCUAUGUUACAAACUGGGCUCAAAACAGACAAGGGGUUGGACAUUAUAACAUUUCAACAGACUAUGAAGACAAGCUAUGCACGCAUAUUAUUUAUGCUUUUGCUAACGUUACGUCAGAUGGAAGUAUCUUACCAUAUGAAAAAACGGAUAUACCAAUAGGCUACAAAGCAGUCAAUGCCUUUAAAAAAAGGGAUCCCAAUUUAAAAACAUUAUUAGCUGUUGGUGGAUGGAUACACGGAUCAGUUGGAUUUACAGAUAUCGUAAAAACUCCUGAAGGUCGAUGGAAUUUCAUUACAAAAGCCAUCAGUUACUUAAAGAAACAUGAUUUUAAUGGCCUAGAUCUGGAUUGGGAAUACCCAGCACAGCGUGGUUCGCCACCAGGUGAUCGACACUUAUUUACUUUACUUUGUGAAGAGCUGAAGCGUGAAUUUUCUAAGCAUAAUUUAUUGGUAACAGCAGCUGUAGCCGCAGGUGUCCCAAGUGCAACGAUUUCAUACGAAAUAUACGAAAUUUCCAAGCAUCUCGAUUUCAUUAAUUUAAUGUCAUAUGAUCUUCACGGUUCAUGGGAAAGCUCAACUGGCCAUCACACUGACGCCAAUGAAGCUAGACCUAUUUACGAACACAGUGUGUACAUUUCAGUAGACUAUUGGUUAUCAAGUGGUAUGGACCCUUCUAAGCUAAUUUUAGGUUUGGCUGCCCAUGGUCGAGGUUGGUUACUUCGAGAUGGAUGCAGAGAAUGGAAUUUGGGAACUCGAGGAAGAGGGGGAAGCACACGCGGUAACUCAACAAGAGCAAGAGGGAUUUUGGCCUACUACGAAAUCUGUGACAUACAGUUUCAAAAUCGCAUCUGUACCUCUUCAAGUAGUGUUAAUGCACCAUAUGGUUCCAAUGGGCAAGAUUUUAUAGGCUAUGAUGAUGAAGAGAGCAUUGCAUACAAAGUUAAGAACAUUAUGAAGAAGAAAAAUCUUGGUGGCUUUAUGUUCUGGACUAUAGAUCUUGAUGAUUUUUCCAAUCAUUGUGGUACAGGAAAGUUUCCACUGAUUAAAGCAGCAACUGCUGCGGUGGAUCAAGAUAUACAACCUAGAGCAUGCCAAAACAUAACACACACUGGAGAAUGUCCUCCACCACCAACGUUGCCUCCAAAUAAGUGCAGAGUGAACCCUAUAGGUCCAUGGAAAGGCAGAAUUGAGGAAGAUGAGUGGUGUAAGGACCCAGACAAUUGUCCUAAUAGUCCAUACUGUGUGCAUUAUAAAGGAUGUACAAGCUGUGUGUGUGAAUGUGACGACGACGUGACAGGCACGGCACCUCCCACGAUAUCGACUGUUUUUACAAAGGCUUCAACAACCCUUCCUACUAAGUCUUCUACAACCUGUUCAACAACGUCUUCAACAACAUUUUCUACAAAACCUUCAACAACUCUUUCUACGAAGUAUUCUACAACCCUUUCUACAAAGUCUUCAACAACGCUUUCUACCUUAUCUAAAAUCUCUACUACAUCCACCGAAAGUCCUGUUUUACCAGGCGCUUGCACUGUCCCGACUGAUCAGCGAUUAAGACGAAGUUGCUACAUAAACCCACAGGGAUUGUGGAAAGGUGAUGCAAUUGACCUGUGGUGCAAAGCAAACUGUCGUUUUGUAAAAACAUGCGCAACCAAUAUGUGUUGCUGUGAUUCUGGUAACUAAUAAUUUUUAGUCAAAAGAAGACAACGACAAUAUAAAACACGAACGAUAACAGCAUCUAAAUGAAAUAGAGAUGUGUACACUUGCAAGAUUUAAAUGUGGUUCUGUUCACAAACCUGGUUAUGUUAAUAAAUUACUUAACAAACGAUAAUUUAGGGUUUGUAAUCCUGCAUUUAUAUUUAUAAGAAUAAGAUAUACUUUAAAAAUUCUUUUUUUUUAAUUAAAGUAAAAGUCAUUGUUGUACUUUUUUUGUUAAUUAAACCUUAACUUUUUGACCAUCCCCACUCUUUUUUAUGAAUGGGCACGGCAGGUUUAAUAGCAUUAAAUAGAAUGGGUAAUGAUAUCCGAUGCAAGAGAUUGCAUGAAUACUCUUUUUAACAAUAUUAUUGUCUCUGAAUGUGUGGUGUCGACAUAACUCUUACAUUGUCGAUUUGUAAAGGCCUGGUUUGUAAAAGUAGGAUUUAGACGUCACUUAGAUUUUCGUGGAAGUCCAGCGACUCUUGUCUAGUUGCGAUAAAAAAAAUUACAGUCCACUUCACAAGUAUAGAGGUAAAUUUUGAUUAGGAUAUAUUUUUGCAAAGGCAGCUAUUUCUGUUUCAAAUCUUGAUUCGCAAAAAAAAUAAAUAUUGCUAACCACCUUAUUCGUAAGAAUAAACGCAGCAAAAGUUUCUGCAACUUAAGUUGGCGUGGAAAAAAGGGAAAUAAAGGAGAGACAGUGGCAGCCUAAAAAUCAAUUUUAGGCUAGAGAAAAAAAAUUAUAGAUUUAUAAAUUCUAAGAUAACUACUUUAAUAACAAAUAAAUUACUACAUUUUACAACUAAGUAUCUAUAUAUGUUUCUAACAACAUUUUUAUAGAAUUUUCAUCGCUGUAUGGGGUGAAAAUAAGUAAGGUUUAAGAUGUACUUACCAGUAAGUUUUAUAAAGUAAGUUCUUUGCCUUGAGAUAACUAAGAAUAUUUUACUAUCACAGUAUGUACUGUAACAGCAUUUUAUAACCUUCGUUUAAACUUCUUUGAACUUAAGAAAUAUCUGUGACCAGCAACAAUAUUUUUUUCAUGCUUUGAGUCUCUUUUCCUCAACAAGCAACGAACUU